AUGAGCCUACUUCGGAAAGGCCGAUUAAUUCCAAGCGGGGCUAGGUACAUAAGGACGGGGAAAUUUAAAGACCCAAUAAGUUACAAACAGGUGGUAAGUGAAAAAAAGGAGGAACGGAAAAAAGAAUUGGAAAACAUCAGGGGGAACCAAAUAAAGCUUUUAGAGCUUCUCCAUUUGGAUAAUCUAAAAACGCCGCAACCGAAGAAGUGGACGAAAAGAAAAGCACAAAAUGGGGAUUACGCAAGUGGGAAGGGGGGUGGGAAAGGUACACCCACAAAUGGGGGCACACAUGGGGGGCUAAGCGAAAAAAAAAAAGACACAGCAUCGGGCACGUACUACCGUGAUACUUUCACAAACAGGCUUAAAAAAAAGGCACUCCUUAGACGAGUUAUGGACAAAGAAGGCAAGUUGAAGGAAGCCCAAACGGAGGACUCCUCUCAGGAAAGAAAGAGAGUCCUCACCAACGGGAGAAAAAUAAAUUGUCAAGAUAACCAACGUAGUGGUAGUCUAACACAUGCACAGCUUCACGACAGCAUUAGCAACAUUAUUGUGGAGAAAAAAACGACGCUCAAGAAAAAAAUCCACCUGAUGAAUUUUUCCGUCACAAACAGUUACGUAAGUAAGAAGUAUCACAUACAAGUGAAAAAAGACCCCUGUGAAAAUCAAUUUAGCAUAUCAGAACUGAAAUCGAUUGAUCUUUUUGAUGAACUGGAAAUGAGUAACGGUAAUAGGGAUGCAUCAGACGUGGGCACUUCGGGUGUAUUUUCCCACGCGAGCAGAGGGGGCCAAGCAGAGGAAAUGACAGAAACACAUGAUUCACACAUACCUAGUCAAAGCCAACAAAAUAAGCAGAAGAUUAUGAAAAAGAUCUACAAGGCGUCAAUAAAUCAUGUGCGGGAUGAAAACCUGUGGAAGAAAUACGUCCAAAAUACAUUCAUCAUAUCGGGGUACCUAGACGCAAGUGACAUAGUAAUCCUAUUUUGGUGCUUUGGAAAAAUAGGCUACAGAGAUAAUAGGCUAAUGAAUUUGCUAUGCUCUAUACUACUGAAGAAAAUAAAUGACCUGACCCCAUGCGCUUUAGCGUUAUUACUAAACAGCUUUAAAAAAUUAGAAAUGAAGAAAUAUGACACUAUGGAAUUAUUAACUAAUCAGUUUUGUAUGCAUAUCCAAAGGUGGACCUCCCAAGAUAUAGCUCUAGUUGCUAACUCUUUAGCUUUUUUUUACAUAUAUCAUAAAGUAUUUUGGAAAAAAUGCAUUUUGAAACUGCAAAAUGGGUAUUACUUUUCUCAGCCUUUACAUUUAUGCCUGAUCAUAUCAGCAUUGGCCAGAUUGGACAUCAGAGAGGGUAACGUUUUAUUAUCCCUAAGUAAAGGGGCAAAGAAAUAUGCAAAAGAAUUCAGCCCUAAUAACCUAGCUCUUGUUAUUCAUUCCUUCGCCAAGUUGAAGUUUUGUCAUCCAAAAUUUUACAAUUACUUGUAUCAGUUUGUUCAUACAUAUUUAGACAGGCAGCUUUUCAUGGGUGGAUCUCACAGAAUUGGCUCCUUAAAAAAUGUAUCCCAAAUGGGGGACAACCAACUCAGUGAAAUGGAAAAAGGGGGGAGUAUGUCGGAGAGUGCGCAAAAGAUUGCACUUGGAAAUUCACACGUAGAAGAAAUAAACCACUUUGAUGAGUCCCUUGCUGGAGAGUACCCCCAUGUGGAGACCACACCAAACUGCGACGCUGUGGCUACUAUGUGGAAUUCGCAAGACGGGGAGGAAGUGCCCCUUGGUUCUCUUCCCCCAGGGGGGGGGCAUGAAGAAGACGCUCACCACGAGGUCAGAAGUGGUAGCGGCAGUGGUAGCAGCGGCGGUAGCAGCGGCGGAGGCGACAGUUCGCGGGACACCCCGCUCAAGGGGAACGAGCAAAAGGGACACUUCGACCUGCAGUCACUCGUACUUUUACUGUUCUCGUGCACGUGCCUAAUCACCUGCACGGAAAAAAUGAUCCUGAAGCUGACCUAUCUGAUCCUACCUCUAAAGGAUCACUUGGGCAGUCACAAAGUGGAAAAACUGAAAUAUGUAAGUGAGUAUAUACAGUAUACCUACCCAGAAACAUUUGCAAAAUUCCCCAAAGAAAUAAAAAUGUUUUAUUACUACAUUGAUACAUAUGAAAUUAAAAAAAAAAAAGUCAAAUAUGGAGCAAGGUGGAUUAAUGAAUUAUCCAAAAUUCUAGCAAAAAUAAAUGUAAGCCAUUUCAAAAAUAUUUACAUCAAUCAUAUAUGUGCAGAUAUAAUGCUACCCGACUCUCAGGUUAUUAUCAUGUGUUUAGGACCAUAUAGCUAUUACGUAAAUUCGUUGAACAAAAAUUGCGAGAACGAGCCAAAUCAGCAAAGUUACACUUCUGAUGAGGACGACGAAGUUAUCGAUUUCAUAAAAAAGGGAAUCAGCGUCAAUGAUGGGAAUGAAGAAGACUCAGACAGGGACCAAAUCGAAAUAGAGGAGAUAAAGAAAUUUUUGGAAGCUGAGAAAUUAUGA